AUGAAUACAUUUGAUUCAAAAUUUUCCGGAGGUUUAAAUAGUUCCCCGAUCGGAUCUCCGGGGGGAACGGUAUUGAAUGUAAGCGUGAAACUGAGCCUUAGAAGACCUGUAAGGAUUGGAACAUGGAAUACGCGGAGCUUAUUUGAGGCUGGGAAACUGGCAAACUUGACUCAGGAAAUGAAUAGACUCAAGUUGAACGUGCUGGGUGUUGCUGAGACUUGGUGGCCCGGAGCGGGAAGAUGCGUAAUGGAGAAGGGAACAUUCUUCUACUCUGACAACGACGAUCUAAAUCAUAGGAAAGACGUAGGGUUCGUAGUGACGAAGGAAGUACUGAAGGCUGUGGUGGACUUCGUCCCAUGCUCCGACCGCACUGCAUUGCUAAAACUCAGAGCAGGACCAGCCGACCUCAAUAUAAUACAGGUUUACGCACCAACAGCGGACUCAGCGGAACGAGAAAUAGAGCAAUUCUACAGCGAAAUCAAGGAGUUACUUAAAUUAACUAAGAAACAUGAUAUCAACAUAAUUAUCGGAGACUUUAAUGCCAAGGUAGGAAAAGGCAGAUUUGAAAACAUAGUAGGACCUCAUGGCCUUGGAACAAGAAACAAGGCAGGAGAUCGCCUCCUGCAAUUCUGUCAAGAAGAAGACAUGAGAAUCGCAAAUAUAUGGGUCCAACAUCAUCCCCGCCGUCUUUAUACCUGGAGGUCCCCAGCAGAUGGGUCGCAAAAGGUAAUACGAAACCAAAUAGACUAUAUCCUCAUCAGCGGAAGAUUUAGCUCAUCCAUCAAGAGUGCGUGCACAUAUCCCGGAGCGGAUAUGCCCUCAGACCACGUGUUGCUGGCAGUAGUUAUAAAGGUGGCUCUAUCAAGCAUAAGCAAGCCAGCCGCACAACGAAAGAUAGCACUGGGAAAACUGAAGAAUCCAAAUACUGAAGCCGAAAUAAGUGAUGAAAUAAACACGCAAAUCCAAACAUUAACACCAAAGAAUGAGGAAGACAUAACACAACUGUGGUCGAAAAUAAUGAAGGUUGUAACAAACACCUCACAAAACAAGUUAGGAUUUGGAGCAAGAGGCAAGAAACAAAGAUGGAUGAUAGAUGAAAUACUGUUGUUGAUGGAUGAACGUCGAAAAUACAAGAAUGAUAAUAACAAUAACAACAACAAUAACUAUAUAAACAUCCAAAGGCAAAUAAGAUCAAAAAUAAGGAUAGCCAAAAACGAAUGGCUGAAGCGAGAAUGUGCCGAAAUAGAACAACUACAAGGCAAACAUGAUGAAUUCAACCUACACAAAAAAUUGAAGGCGGUUGCUGGAUUAUACAGAGGAGGGAGAGCCAGUGUGAUGGCCGACCAAAAUAAUCAGAUAAUACUGGAUAACAAAGAGAAAAACAAGGUAUGGGAAAGAUACAUAGAGGACCUCUUUCGCGACGACAGACCUAAAGCUGGGCCGGACGAAAUUCCAUCAGAAAUACUCAAACUCUUGGACGAGAGGGGCAUCGCAGUGCUACACAAAAUAUUUAACAUUAUUUACGACACUGGUCGUUACCCAGAACAGUGGUUGACCUCCACCUUUGUCCCCUUGCCUAAAAAGAUCAACGCAAAGAAAUGUGAAGAUCACAGACUUAUUAGCCUAAUGAGUCAUACUUUAAAAAUAUUCCUAAAAAUAAUACACCAGAGGAUAUACAGAAGGUGUGAAAAAGAUAUAAGCGACUCGCAGUUUGGGUUCAGACGAGGACUGGGUACAAGGGAGGCACUGGUUGCAACGCAGGUUCUUGUUCAGAACUGUCACGACCAGAGGAAAGAUAUAUGUCUAUGUUUCUUAGACUACGAAAAGGCAUUUGACAGGGUGAAACAUCACAAAUUAAUGCUACUUCUCAGGAAACUCGAUGUAGACCAAAAAGAUAUAUGGUGCAUUGAGAGCUUAUACUGGUAUCAGACUGCACGGCAAUUUCAAGAGGCCCUGAAAGAGAAGGAAAUAGGGAUCAAGGUUAAUGGAGUAUGGGUGAACAACAUCCGCUAUGCCGACGACACGAUCUUAAUAGCUGGUAAUAUGGAUAACCUGCAACAUCUGGUUAAUGCAGUAGGACGACACAGUAAGCUGAUGGACCUGAAUAUCAAUUCCAAAAAGACGAAAUUCAUGGUCGUGUCUAGAGACUUGAAGGCAUUCAACAACUCCAGAAUAACAUUUGAGGACAAACCCAUAGAGAGGGUUAACAAAUUCAAGUAUCUGGGAACAUGGUUGUUUGAGGAUUGGACAUCAGAUAAUGAGAUAAAAUGUCGCAUAGAGCAGGCUCGACAGACCUUCUUAAAAAUAAGAAGAGUGUUAACAUGUUCAGAAUUUGACCUUGAUCUGAGGAUAAGAUUCGUGAAAUGUUAUGUCUGGCCGGUGCUUCUAUAUGGAAUGGAGGGAUGGACUCUGAAAGUGAGCGCUAUCAACAAAUUGGAAGCUUUCGAAAUGUGGCUGUACCGCAGGAUUCUUAGGGUGCCAUGGACAGCACGGAUGAAAAAUGAAGAGAUUCUCAAACGUGUUAACAGGGGACCCCGAAGAGCAACCAGCUUGCCGGAGAGCGCGGCCAUGAUGGCCAGGACGACGACGGCGGAGGCGACGACGGCCGGGGCGACGACGGCCGGGGCGACGACGGCCGAGGCUACGACGACCGGGGCCAUGGCAGCCGGGCCGACGACGGCGGGGGCCAUGGCGGCUGGGACGAUGACGGCCGGGGCCAUGGCACCUGGGCCGACGACGGCGGGAGCCAUGGCGGCUGGGACGAUGACGGCCGGGGCCAUGGCACCCGGGCCGACGACGGCAGGAGCCAUGGCGGCUGGGACGAUGACGGCCGGGGCCAUGGCAGCCGGGCCGACGACGGCAGGAGCCAUGGCGGCUGGGGCGACGACGACCGGGGCCAUGGCAGCCGGGCCGACGACGGCGGGGACCAUGGCGGCUUGGACGACGACGACCGGGGCCAUGGCAGCCGGGCCGACGACGGCAGGAGCCAUGGCGGCUGGGACGAUGACGGCCGGGGCCAUGACACCCGGGCUGACGACCGCCGGAGCCAUGGCACCCGGGCCGACGACCGCCGGGGCCAUGGCACCCGCGCCGACGACCGCCGGGGCCAUGGCAGUCGGGCCGACUAUUUAUAAGCGGACAUACCCGAAAGGAUUUCUCUCCCAAAGGGAGUGGGAGGAAAGAAAGGUAGCAAAAGUAGUCUUCUCGACAUUAGUCAUUUUAAUAUAA